AACCUUCAAUAAUAGAGCCAUGAAAGCAGCUCCAACUCCAAGCAUCACUCUUUCCCACUUGACUUUCUCAACUAAGUACUCCACCUCUUCCACUUCACACACCUUCUUCUCCUCAAAAACCAACCGCUUUUCUCUUAAAAAACUCACCUCACUCUCUCUCCAUGUAUCAUCAUCCCACAAUGCCCAUGUGGUUGUUGAAGAUGACCUCCAUGCUUUCUUGCAAAUUCUUCCAUGUGAUCUGCGAGAUAGACUUUAUAAUGAUUCCAAGAGAGGACAACUUCUAGAGGUUAUACUGGACUUGGGACGCUUGCCAGAAGCCCGCUAUCAAGGUGAAUUAGGUGGGAAGUACUUAAGGAGUACUGAGGUAUCAACAGAAGAAUUGGAGUAUGCUCAAAAUGCUGUUGGGAAUUUCGGCGGAGACAACAGAGCUGGCAUUGAGGGUACCUUGCAUAGAAUAUCUGCAAUUAGGAGUAGGAAAGGGGCAAUAGUUGGCUUAACUUGCCGAGUUGGCAGGGCAGUCAGUGGUCACAUUGACAUGGUUUAUGAUUUGCUUCAUUAUGGCAAGAGCAUCUUGUUCGUUGGAAGGCCUGGGGUUGGCAAGACUACUGUUAUGCGAGAAAUUGCCCGUGUCCUGUCAGACGAAUUUCAGAAAAGAGUGGUGAUUGUUGAUACAAGCAAUGAAAUUGGAGGCGAUGGGGAUAUUCCACAUGCAGCAAUAGGAAAUGCACGAAGAAUGCAGGUCCCGGAACCGUCCUUGCAACAUAAAGUCAUGAUUGAAGCAGUCGAGAAUCACAUGCCUGAGGUGAUCAUUGUUGAUGAAAUUGGAACUGAAGCUGAAGCUCUUGCUUGUCGAUCCAUCGCCGAGAGAGGUGUCAUGCUUAUUGGUACAGCUCAUGGAGAGUGGCUUGAAAAUAUAAUAAAGAAUCCUACGCUUUCUGACUUGAUUGGAGGAGUAGAAACUGUUACUUUGGGAGAUGAGGAAGCCCGAGCUAGAAGAUGUCAGAAAAGCAUUCUUGAAAGGAAAGCCCCUCCAACAUUUUAUUUCUUGAUUGAGAUGAGAGAAAGGCAUUAUUGGGUUACACAUAAGACUGAGAAGAGUGUGGAUAUGUUGCUUCGUGGACAAAACCCAUUGGUCGAGAUCAGGAGAAGGGAUGAUCAGUUCAAGGUUGUGAUAGAAAGAUGGAAGGCUUACGAUAGACAUGAAAUAUAAAUUUUCUUGAUUCAUAAACUUGAUGUGUUGUGCUUUGUGUUACAGGUAAUUAUAGUUAGCAAAUUCAUAUUGGAAUAUAUGUAUAAUUGUAUAUACAAGUUAAGUUACUGGCUGAAUGUUUCAGCAGUUGUAUGCGACUUAAAAAAAAAAAUGUUA